ACUAAUCACUACAUUCUCAUUCUUCACACACCAAUUCAGAUACCUAACUAGAGUACCAAAAUGUCUUCUUCUGCUUUGUUUCUCGGUCUUAUGUUUUUGUUAACACCAUUGUUGCUCCUUUCAUCCUCAUCUCAAGCACUAGAUUUUCAUGUUGGUGGUAAAGAUGGUUGGGUUCUCAAGCCUUCUGAUUACUACAAUCAUUGGGCUCAGAGAAACAGGUUUCAAGUCAAUGACACUCUCAAUUUCAAGUACAAUAAAAAGAGGGAUUCAGUUCUUGUGGUGAAAAAGGAGGACUAUGAUUCCUGCAACAUCGACAAUCCUAAACAAAAGAUGGACGACGGAGAUUCGAGUUUUAAGCUCGGUGAUUCGGGUCUCUACUUUUUCAUCACUGGCAAUGUUGAUCACUGUAAACAAGGACAGAAGCUUAUUGUUUUAGUCAUGGCAGUUAGGCACCAUAACCCGCCAUCUACAGUGGUUGUACCACCGUCUCAGGCUCCGGAAAGUGGCUUGUGGCCACCUCUGAUUCACUCGUCGGGUUUGGAUGCUCCGGCGCCGUCUCCGUCGAAAGCAAGUUGUGUUGGUGUGAGUGUGGGUUUUGGGGUCGUGGUUUGGAUUGGUUUGAUGUUUGGUGGGUUUGUUUAUUAGCCUUUGUUGCAAGUUGGAGUAAUUGGAUCUGAUAUGAUGAGAAAUAAAAUGUUCAGUGUUUUUCA